GGCUGGCUCGCUCUUGGCGGCGUAGCACUCCUCCAAACAAGCUGCAACGCCAUGGCAACCACGCAUUUUGACCAGUUCUUGCCAGACUGGAAUCCCAUGCUCCAGGGAAUGCUGAGUAACAACUGUUCGAGCGAGCUUGCCACAUACAAGACCGGGGAACGACCACCCAACACCAAGUUCUCAGUUCUCAUCACGCCCGUAAUCGACUGCAUCCUCGAGAACCUGCCGGAGCACCGGAAGAUGGAAAUCGGCGCUAGUGCCGUGGUGCUGGGUCUCCUGCCGACUAUACUGUCCGCGCUGGGCAGCACGCCCGCCGAGACGGCCUUGGUACACCUCCGCCGGCCGUUGCUGGCAAUGCUCCUCGCGAUAGGCAGCCCAUCAGUCAUCAUCAUGAAGACGAGUGACUACAAACGCUUCACUGAUGAUCUCGUCAAGGAGUUCGCCAAGGAGUUACACCCCGAUCCGCGCGAUUCUGCAACCGCGGCCGCCGUAGCACCCCUCAUCGCGUGGAAACAUAUGGCCAGCCGUCCUCGCCGCAUCGCGUUGAGCAUAGUGCAGUACCUUGUCGUCCUCGCCGCCGUAGGGAACGUCAUGUCGCUGUGGUAUCAGCUAGGCUUCCACGCCAUCGUCUCCUGGGCACCCGAGACCAUAUUCAUGGUGCCUCUGUGGUCGUCCAUCUGCGUUGUCCUGCACUUUGGCGCGGUAUGGAUCCAGUCCUUGCGUCUUCGCAUGUGGUCGGUCGGUGAUGGCCACGAGACCUCGAAAGGCACGAGCGCUUCACAGCAGCUGCGUCGCUUUUUCGGCCGCUGCGCAGAGGAGUACACGCCAUCGGCUUUUCAAGAGCAAAGGAAGAUUCGCUGGCGCGGCGACUCGGCAUUUGUCAACUUCUUGAUCUGGCUGCUCUGCAUCGGCGCCGUGAUCAACCUCAUUUUCGGCAGCAUGAUCUUUUCUAGUCUGCUGUUCUUCAGCGUGCAGGACGUCCUGCUCAUCGCGACGAGGUACCUGGUCAGCACAAUUGUAUGUCGAGGUGUCAGCAGGAUGGAGCUGAUUGGGGCAAAGGAGUGCACGACGUUCCAUGAA